UGCUGGGGAUCCUGGGCCUUGCGUAACGGGCGCGGCGGCGGUGAAGGAGGAGGAGGAGGAGGGGGCGCAGGAGGCGGCCGCGCGGGAGGGGAUGAGUGUGCAGCUCUGCCUCCCCUGUUCUCCUCAGAGGCGCUCCUGAAAAUAUGUCGGAAGGAGUGGACCUCAUAGAUAUCUACGCCGACGAGGAGUUCAACCAGGACUCUGAGUUUAGUAAUGCUGACCAGAUGGAUUUGUAUGACGACGUACUAGCUGCCAGUUCGCAACCUUCUGAAAGUUGCCCUAGCAGCUCUGAGCCACCCACUGAAAACCGCCAAGAACAGUCUCCCAAGCCAAAUAACAAAUCACCCGCUAUCCUGUAUACUUACAGUGGACUCCGCAAUAAGAGAGCUGCCGUGUAUGUGGGCAGCUUCUCUUGGUGGACGACUGACCAGCAGCUGAUUCGUAUUAUCCGCUCUGUGGGUGUUUAUGAUGUGGUGGAGCUCAAGUUUGCUGAGAACAGAGCAAAUGGCCAGUCCAAAGGGUAUGCAGAAGUGGUGGUGGCCUCUGAGAACUCUGUCCACAAACUUCUGGAGCUGCUGCCAGGGAAGUUUCUCAAUGGAGAUAAGAUGGAUGUGAAGUUGGCGACUCGACAGAAUCUUGCGCUGUUUGAGGCACAGGCUCGGAAACGGGUGCCGCCGAGGACACACUCAAGGGAUUCCACAGACUCAAUCGAUGGCCGAGCCACUCCAACGGAGAAUACUGUGCCUCCCCCGCGCAUUGAGAAGCCUCCUUCUGUUUUGCCUUUCUUCAACCGCCCUCCUUCUGCCCUUCCACUCAUGGGGUUGCCGCCGCCACCACCAAUCCCACCCCCUCCGCCACUUUCCUCCAGUUUUGGAGUCCCUCCUCCCCCACCAGGAAUCCACUACCAACAUCUAAUGCCCCCUCCCCCUCGACUUCCCCCGCAUCUCGCUGUUCCUCCUCCUGGGGCCAUACCCCCCGCACUGCACCUCAACCCAGCCUUCUUCCCACCACCAAAUGCAGCAAUGGGUCCUCCACCAGACCCCUAUAGCAAGGCCUCUGCACCAUAUAAUCACAACAGCCGGGAGUUGAUUCCAUUGCAGCCUCCUCUCAGCGAAGCUGAAUUUGAAGAUAUUAUGAACCGGAACCGAGCAAUUUCCAGCAGUGCCAUUUCCAAAGCUGUGUCUGGUGCCAGUGCAGGGGAUUAUAGCGAUGCCAUCGAGACCCUACUUACAGCAAUUGCUGUGAUUAAACAGUCGCGUGUCUCGAACGAUGAGCGGUGUCGAGUCCUUAUUUCUUCACUCAAGGAUUGUCUCCAUGGUAUUGAAGCCAAGUCUUACAGCGUGGGCGCAAGCGGCAGCGGUGGUAGUUCCUCCAGGAAAAGACACCGGUCUCGGGAGAGGUCCCCCAGCCGUUCCCGUGACAGCAGUAGGAGGCACCGAGAUAUGGUCCAUGAUGAAGACUGGCACGAGGAAUAUUUCCAGGAAAGAGGCCGGGAACAUGAGAGACACAGAGACCGGGACAGAGAAAGAGACCGGCAUCACUGAGAAGAAGUGAGGAGCUUCGGAAGCAUUCGGUGUUUUUAUGGACUCGUUAUCUCCUCUCCUUAAUCAAGACUUAAAGAGUGGAGGCUUCUCCAUCCACUCCUCCCCACUGCCCUCUCCUCUUUCUGGACCCCUUGGAAGUGACUUCGCCUGCAGAACUCCAUCUUGUGGCACCAAGCCCUCCCUGUCUGUGUUGCUGCUUGAUGGAGAAACUCAAAUGACUUGGGACUUGGAAAGGGGAGUUUUCCUGAGCCACUGUGACCAGGGGGCCACUUCAGUCCAUGGAUUCUUGGACCUAAGGAGAAUGGUGUUUCCCACAGAGGUCUCCAGCCUCUUCCCUUACCAAAUCUUCUCCUAGAGCACCUGAGGAGGAAUCCAUCCGGCUUUUCUUCUGUAGGAAGAACAUGGUGCUUCUGCACAGCACAAGAUGUAACUGGGGCUUGUGUCCACAGUCCGCACUGUGUUGUCUUCUCAGGCACCAAGAUGUCCAGUCCUCCUGAAGUCUCAACCUUUUCCCAAAACAGCUUUCAGUCUUGUCUUCUAGCACCAUUGUGUACAGCUUAAACACAAUAGUAUUUCCUCUCUCUCUUUCUUCUGGGAUGGGGGGUGGGCUGGUUGCUGCUUCCAGUCACCUCUCUGGCCUCCUUUCCCCACUUAGUCCCUGAACCAAGGCACCUAGUUGCCUCUAGAGGGGCCUGUGUUAGUCAAACUGCUCACAGUGUGGAGUUUCCCUUAAAAAGAUAGAUCGAACUCUGGCUAAUGCAGGCCCACUCACUAUCCACAGAUGAUUUGCUAAUAGAUUCCUUAUUUUGUUUUAUACUGUACCUGCUCUGGUUGCAACUUCUCUCUUAACCCUCUUGUUUCCAGGCACCACCCCUCCCAGAGUGUCACCUUCCUUGUUACAAAGGAAGCGCUGUAAACUGAGACCUGACCAACGCAGUAGCCUGGAAUGGAGUCUCAGUCAAACUGGAGGGCUUUCUUGAAGUUCUCCCUUACAGUACACCCUGAGCAGUUUUAGAUUCAGUGUGAUGUAUGUGUUGAUUUAAGGUCCAGAAGUUUCCUCACACACCAUCCUCAUUUUACAUUUAAGUCACUAUGGAGGGGGUUCACCCAUGAAUUUGCUUCAGGCAGCAGCAUACCUCACUGAUUUCUGGCAUCCCAGUCUACAGUUUGAGGCAGUGAAAAGCCUCCAUUCACAUCACCUUUGUGUAACGGUGACAGAGUCAUUACUAGGGCUUUUGAGUCAGCAACCUCUUCAGGCCAGUGGCAUUAACAUCUACAUAAGGAGUAUUAUGGAACAGAAAUAGCUACAGAGUUCUGAUAAAACUCAUCUCUGGAAUGAAACCCUUGAGGAUAGGGUUGUUUCAGUUCUCCUUCCUAGACCGAGUAGCUUAUGAUAACACACUGUAUCCUGGAAUAAGUAGCUUCCAGCACCUGGAUCUCUGACAUGGCCACACUUCUAUUAGAUUCAUGAACGCUCAGUGGGAUUGUCCGGCUGCAUGGUGAAACCCCUUCAUAAAAGGAUCCUGUCUCGUGUCACAGACGUUGUGUGGCCUACAUAAGGAUGGAUGGUGUCUGUCAAAGGAUGACACAAUGUAACGCAAUACCUCCUUUUGUACUCUGAGAGGUAUUCCGCUCAAUUUUUUUAAAGGAAAAAAAAGUUAAUGUAGAAAAAUGGAAUGGCAACUUAAAACUGUAAAGCAUAAAACUUGGAUUGGAAAUGUUGCUUUUUACAAAAUGGGACGUUUUUUUAGUUUGUUUUGAAAUAAUGGAAGCAAAAAAGAAAGAAACGAAUGACAGAAACAUAGCCUUGUUUUCCCCUUGACUCUUCCACCCUUGUUCUUUGUGAUUUAAUUUGUUUGUCUUUUUCUGAUAGGUUGCAAAUUGUGUAAUAAACUUGAUGAUAUUGUCAAUCUUUUA